ACUCACUCACUUACUCACUAACCAUUAUCACUUUGUAACAUCUCAUCUCCAAUCUCUAUCUCUCACUCUCGCGUCUUUGAUUCGAAAAAUGGCUGGCGGUAAGAUCAAGAUCGGAAUCAACGGAUUCGGAAGGAUCGGUCGUUUGGUAGCGAGAGUUGUUCUUCAGAGAGACGAUGUUGAGCUCGUUGCUGUCAACGAUCCCUUCAUCACCACUGAGUACAUGACGUACAUGUUCAAGUACGACAGUGUUCACGGUCAAUGGAAACACAAUGAACUCAAGGUUAAGGAUGAGAAGACCCUUCUCUUCGGUGAGAAGCCUGUCACUGUCUUCGGCAUCAGGAACCCUGAGGAUAUCCCAUGGGGUGAGGCUGGAGCUGACUUUGUUGUUGAGUCUACCGGUGUUUUCACUGACAAGGACAAAGCUGCUGCUCACUUGAAGGGUGGUGCCAAGAAGGUUGUCAUCUCUGCCCCGAGCAAGGACGCUCCCAUGUUUGUUGUUGGUGUUAACGAGCACGAGUACAAGUCCAACCUUGACAUUGUUUCCAACGCUAGUUGCACCACUAACUGCCUUGCUCCCCUUGCCAAGGUUAUCAAUGACAGGUUCGGAAUUGUUGAGGGUCUUAUGACUACCGUCCACUCUAUCACUGCUACCCAGAAGACUGUUGAUGGACCAUCAAUGAAGGACUGGAGAGGUGGAAGAGCUGCUUCAUUCAACAUCAUUCCCAGCAGCACUGGAGCUGCAAAGGCUGUCGGAAAGGUGCUUCCACAGCUCAACGGAAAGUUGACCGGAAUGUCCUUCCGUGUUCCCACCGUUGAUGUCUCAGUUGUUGACCUAACGGUUAGACUCGAGAAAGCUGCAACCUACGACCAAAUCAAGAAGGCUAUCAAGGAGGAAUCUGAGGGAAAAUUAAAGGGAAUCCUUGGUUACACCGAAGAUGAUGUUGUCUCAACUGACUUCGUUGGUGACAGCAGGUCGAGCAUCUUUGACGCAAAGGCUGGAAUCGCAUUGAGUGACAACUUCGUGAAGCUGGUGUCUUGGUAUGAUAACGAAUGGGGUUACAGCACCCGUGUGGUCGACUUGAUCGUUCACAUGUCAAAGGCCUAAACCUGAGAAGAAGAUAUCGAAUGAUGUCUGCAUUUUGCCGUUUUUAAAUAAAUUUUCUGCGGAUUUAUAUGGUUUCUAAGUGGUGCGAGUUUGUAGACCCAGUUGUUUUACUGAAGAGUCCGUUUACGUUUGGCUUUUGGAUCACUUAUGGUUUUAUAAGAUUUACUUCCCUCUCUUUAUAUGAUAUACUGAGUCACGGUUUGGUUUCAA